AUGGCCAAAGGCAAAAUUUUCAAGAGCAGACGUCGCGUCGAAUUGAAAAGGGAGAUUGAAGAAGAACAGCACGGAUACUAUGACGCCGCCCCAAGCUCAAGCCAGCAAAGCCAAGGCAGCAUCGGCGGCACCAACGAAGACAGCGGCGUCCCCGGCCCACACCAACUCGUCUGGCCCUUCUCCUACGCGGUACUCCAAGCCCACGCGGCCAGCCAGAGCGACGGCGGCGCGAGGCUUCUCGAGGAUGCCAGGUGGAAGUGCUGCAACUGCGGCUAUUACAAUGCGAUGCCCGCACGCGGGUUGAGGCUGAUGCACUGCCGGAACCCUGAGGGGUGCGUGGUGAACCCGGGGACUUUGCAGGUGCACGCUGGACCUGCUUCGUGUUGUGCGAUUGUUGGGCCCGAGGGGGCUUGGACGCCGAUGGAUGUCUUGGAUUUGAGGUUUCGUAGUGAGGAGGCGAUGAUGGGGGCGAGGGGAGAUUGA